AUGGGACAGACACACCAGACCGAGCAGAAUGACCCGGAGAUCGAUGUCAAGGCACUCCAGGACAUGUACAAAAAGUUUGUGACGGAAUGCCCGAGCGGUGUUUUAUUUAUCCACGAGUUCAAGCGUUUUUUUGGCAUCGACCCAACUGGGGAAGUCUCUGAGUAUGCGGAGAGCAUGUUUCGAGCUUUUGACAAGAAUGGGGAUAACACCAUUGAUUUUCUGGAGUUUGUGGCAGCCUUGAAUCUGGUCUUCCGGGGGGACUUGGAGCACAAAUUACGCUGGUCAUUUAAAGUGUACGACAAGGACGGCAACGGCUAUGUAGAUAGGACAGAACUGCGAGCUAUUAUUGAUAGUAUAUAUAGAUUAAAGAAGACAUCCAAGAGAGAGCAGGGGGAUAUGCAGCUGUCGGUGAAUGAAGUGUGUGAUAGAAUACUGAAGACUGUGGAUGUGAACAGGGACGGUAGGUGCAUACUCAGUCUGAAUGAGUUCAUCAAGGGGGCCCAGGGAGACCCAUGGAUCAUGAACAUGCUCCAACUGGACAUGAACCCUUAUGGCUGGGUGCUGGAACAGAGAAGGAAGAGCGCACACUUUUAA